GCUUUGCGGGCGCUGUGCGCCGGAAGCGAGCCUCUGGUUGGGGACAGUCGGGUGCUGCGCAUCAGGAAAAGCCUAAAGAUUAGAUUGUUAAAAAAAAAAAAAAAAGCGAAGCCAUGUUUCGAAGACCUGUGUUACAGGUAUUUCAUCAGUUUGUAAGGCAUGAAUCUGAAGUAGCCAGCAGUUUGGUUCUUGAAAGAUCUAUGAAUCGUGUUCAGUUGCUUGGGCGAGUAGGUCAGGACCCCGUCAUGAGACAGGUGGAAGGUAAAAAUCCAGUCACAAUAUUUUCUCUCGCAACAAAUGAGAUGUGGCGAUCAGGGGACAAUGAAGCAUACCAAAUGGGUGACAUCAGUCAAAAGACAACAUGGCACAGAAUAUCAGUGUUUCGACCAGGACUCAGAGAUGUGGCUUAUCAGUAUGUGAAAAAGGGGGCUCGUAUAUUUGUGGAAGGGAAAGUGGACUACGGUGAAUACAUGGACAAAAACAAUGUGAGACGACAAGCAACAACCAUCAUAGCUGAUAACAUCAUAUUUCUGAGUGACCAAACAAAAGAAAAGGCAUAGAACGGAUGAUUCUUCUUUGAUCAUUGUUUGGGAUAGUCUCCUUUCCAAAUCAUGUAUAGUCUAUAGUUUAAAGAUGAAGAUUAAACAUUUUUCUAUAA